AUGGAUCACGCAGGCCGCUUUGCGUAUAAUGCCAGCCCAGCAGUGAGUGCCUUGGUGGAUGCAAUGGUUUCAGGAGUGCCGGAAACGCAAGACGCUUGCUCGACGAAUUCGGCCUCUCAGGUUGGAAAAACACCGAGUCAAGGACAAUCGCAAGAUGCGAGAAGUUGUACCCGCGGCCGUGGUUGUGACUGGACUGACGGAGAAACAAAAUUACUUUUGGACUAUUACGAACAAUACUUUGGACGAGUGGGGCCCAUGAAAAAAUUUCGGAAUAAAAAGGAAAUGUGGGCACACAUAGGUUUCAAGUUGAAAGAAACCCUUGGGGUGGUUAGGAAUGAAGUCCAGUGCUGCACACGUUACAAGACGGUAAUGAAAAGAAAAAAAACAGCAGUGGCCCAUAACAGCAAAUCGGGUAACUCCCCAACACCAGUGCCUUUCGAGGAUGAGGUUGAAAAAAUCCGCUGGCUUGAUGACAGCCUGGAGCCGGCGGAGCUACGCGACAGUCAUGGGGUUGUAUCAAAAAAGGCGAGACACAGCCCCCCCUCCUCAACAGCUUCGCUGUUCUCUGAAGGUGGUUCGGACAGCUUUGCUGAUGAACCUGCUAGUGUUGUGGAAGUGUCGCAGCCAAGUACAUCACAAGGCUCUGCCGUAGAAAAACGGUUGAAUGUCAAAACUUCACGAGUGUCAACCGCAAGAUCCCAAGAAGUCAAACUGUUCUUUGAAGAGAUGGAGCGCUUUCAAAAGUUAAAAGAAGAACAAAAAGCUGCUCGCGAAGAAGAAAGAAGGAGGCGCCAUGAAGAAAAGAAAGAAUACAGAGAAGAGCUGAGACAAGAAAAGGCUCAACGCCACGAACAGAAAAUGGAUCUACUCAAGCGCCUCUUGGGAUUACCCGAGGUUAACGAAUAGAACCCAUGCGUCGGAG